ACGCCUUGUCCUUCUAGCCCGCCGCGCCUAUUUCCCUACCGCCUCGACCUGGACCAUCUGCGCCACUGUCACUUUCCGAACUCCCGGGGCCCUCUCGGCCUCCGUAGAGGCAUGAUGACGUCCCUCGGGCGGCAUUGCUGGUUUCCCUGGUGACGGUUGCCAGGGCAGUGCAAGAAGGCGUCCCGAAGAGGCGACGGGGCUGCGGCGGCCCUAGAAGGGAGGAGCAGAGUGACUCCUGUAAGUGCGGGGAACGGCCCGGGCCGGAGCCGGGGGCGCCCGCAGCCGCCGGGGGCCUGGAGCGGAGCCGGAGCGCACGCGUUCGUCCGAGCGCGCUGCCGCUAGUCGGCCGCUCCCUGCGCCGGGCGCGGGGCGAGGACUCCCUCCCUUCUGUGAAUCUUCACGCAGCGCCUCCUCCACUCUCCAGGCAGACACUUAAUGGGCAAGAUGGCAGCGGAUGAAGGCUCGCAGGACACCUUGCGGCUCCAGUUCAAGGCCAUGCAGGAGAUGCAGCACAGAAGGUUACAGAAGCAGAUGGAGAAACGGAAGGAAAAGGAACUGAGCCUCAAAAGCAAAGCUGAUGACCAAAAAGAGUCCUUGGAGAUCUCCGAUGGCCUCAGCCUCCUCCAAGCCAGGGAGCAAAACUCGAAAAACAGCUUCGAGCUGAGGGUGCUUGAAGAUGAGAUUGAACAGCUUCGAGAGCAGCUCAGAGAAACAGUGGAUGAGAACGGGCGAUUGUAUAAGCUGCUGAAGGAAAGGGACUUUGAAAUCCAACACCUCAAGAAGAAAAUAGAAGAGGACAGAUUUGCCUUCACAGGGACAGCAGGUGUGGCUGGGGAUGUGAUUGCCACCAGAAUCGUCGAGCUAUCCAAAAAGAACCGGGUGCUGAUGGCAGAGUCAGAGGGUGCAAAAACCAGAGUGAAGCAGCUCAGCAAUCGCAUCCAGGAGCUGGAGCAGGAACUGCAGACGGCCCUGGCCAGGCUACCACCCAAGGGGGCCACUGAUGCAGGAGCCAAGCCGCCGAGGGCCCAGAUGGGAGACAGAGCCUUGCCGGAGACCCCAGAGGUGAAGGUCUUGCAGGACAGGCUGGCAGCCACAAACCUGAAGAUGAGUGACCUCCGCAACCAGAUCCAGUCUGUGAAGCAAGAGCUCCGGAUGGCCCAGAAGGUUUUGGCCAACGAGGUUGGGGAAGAUGUGAACGUCCAGCAGCUCCUGUCCUCACCAGGGACCUGGAGGGGUCGGGCUCAACAAAUCCUCGUUUUGCAGAGCAAGGUUCGAGAGCUUGAGAAACAAGUGGGACAGACCCAGAGCCGGUCUGUGGGAAUAGCCAGCGACGAGAGAUCUGUCUAUCCAGACCCAAGGAAGCUGUCGGCACAGGAGAAAAACCUGCUCAGGAUCCGCAACUUGGAAAGGGAAAAACAGGAAAGCUGGGAGAAACUUGUGGGUGAGCGGGAUGCCCUCCAGAGAGAGCUUGAAGAGCUGAAAAAAAAGUUUGAGGGCAUGAGGUCCCGGAACAAGGUGCUGUCAAGUGAAGUGAAGACCCUCAAGAGUCAAAUGGGGACCCUCGUGGAGAAGGGCAGGCAUGAUGAUGAGCUCAUCGACGCCCUCAUGGACCAGCUGAAGCAGCUACAGGAGAUUCUGGGCAGCCUGAGUCUGCAGGAGGAAAAGACACGAGCAUCCCAGCACCACCUAGACCAGCAGCUCAACAACGAGGCACAGCAGAGCAGUAGCCUCGUCGCCCAGCUGCAGGCCAUGGUGGCUGAGCGGGAGGCCAAGGUGCAGCAGCUGGAGUUGGAGAUCAGGCAACUCAGCGUGCGGUAUCUUCGGAAUAGAGAAGCAGGCGAGGGGUCCAGGGGGCCCGAGGUCAGCCCCGCCUCCACCAAAUUCCCGGAGGACCCGGGCCUGACCAAGUCCCCGGCAUCAGCAGGCGAUCACGUUGGCAGGCUUGGAUCUUCUCGCUCCGUGACCAGCCUGGGCCACACACUGGUGGAAUCUGCUCUCACGUGGCCUUCCCUGCCCAGUCCUCAUGGGGCCUCACCCAGGUUCUCGGACUCCCCAGAACAAAAAGGCUGGCAGGCACAGGUGACAGAGUUCAAGGCCCUCUGGCAGGCUGCUGAGGUGGAGCGCGACCGGCUCACCGAGUUUGUCACUGUCCUGCAGAAACGGUAACACAUGUCACCCAGGGACUCACUCUCCUGGGCCUACAUGGGCUGGGUGGUGGACAGCCUGGCACAAGGGCAUCCCUCCUGGACAGGGGCCAGGCCUCAUCCAUGUGUGGAUCCACCUUAUUAGAGAGUUUGGCUCUCACAGUGUUGGUCCAUAGCAUUCCCAACCACAACUCAUAUGCUCACCCCAGUGCCCAACAACCUUGGGGACCUGUCAUCACACUUGUGGUUUGCCCUGUCCUACAUACACCCAGACUGUUGCAUGCCUGUGGCCAUGAAGUAGGAGUCUCAGAGGAGAGACUCUGGCAUAGUUACAUCAGUCACAUCAACCCACCAAUAAUUAGAACCUAUGACAAGCGUGGUACCAUACUUGGCGCCGUUGGAGGGUUUGGUGGGAAGAAGACACAGGCUAGACUGACAUCUGGAAAUAGAAAGAGGACGAGAGCCACUGAUAGAUGGGGAGCUGAGACUUCUCUGGGGAGAGGGAGGGAAAUGUGUGUCCCCAGGCAGUGGACCAGGAGGUAUGGUUUUCUCCAAGGGGUUGCUGACAGAUUUCCAUUCAGAUAAAUCAGUGCUCCUCAUUCAAGUGAUCCUCUUGGCAAGAAUUGCAGGUGCCUGGGCCCAACCAUGUGACCUCCACACUGAAAAUUAUAAAGGACGCCAUGGAGUUUCUGCCCUAACAGGCCAUAUCACAUGUCAGUCAAGGCUAUUUGAUGACAGAUGACAGAAACCAUUUCUGGCUGAGUUAAGAGAAAGGCAGAUUUUUGGAAGGUGCUGGAAGACUCCAAGGUGCAGGGCAGGAGAGAAACCCAAGGGAAUCCAGGAAUCUUGGUAGCAGGAACCCUCGGAUGGUCUCUCCUGGGCCACUGGAAUGACACAGGCCCAAUGGCUUUCAGUUCUUGUGCUAGCAGGUCUGGGAGAGAAAGUGUAGCUGGCCUGGGUUUCUCACAUGUCCAUCCCCAGACACAGGCCAGACACCCUGACUGCAAGUACCUCCAGUGCUCACAGAGUGGAGGAAGGCAGUUUGCAAAAUGGAAAAAUGGAGUAUAGUUACCAGAGAAGGAGUUAGGGGUGCUGGGAAGUGGUCACUGGGUGGCAGCCACCUAAGCAGUGAGAAGUGAUCAGCUCUAAUUGUUGUCCUUUCACGUAGUACAUAGAGAGGAUGGAUCUGCAUUUCAGAUGUCCCCAGGUAUGUGAGAAAAGUGACAUUAAUUCUUUUUCUAUAAUUGAAAUGUGAUGGAUAGUACAAGCCUCUAGUCUGUUAAAUCGAAGAAACAUACUCAAUUCAGGCUUUUUCUCCCAUUUCCCUUGAGUUACACCUGAGUUUGGAGGGUUUUGUGAACCAAGUAACUCAGUUAUCUAUUGCCGCAUAAUAAACCACCCCAAAUGUAGUGGCUUCAAACACAGUGGUUUAUUCUUUCCCAUGAUUCUGUAAGUGGCCUAGGUCAUUCUUUUUCACAUAAUGCCAGCUAGGAUCCCUCCCAUGGCCCUGUUCAGCUGGAAGCUCAACAGGGAUGCCUCAGUUCUGCUUACGGGGCCUCUCUCUCCCUGUGGAACCGCAUCUUCCAGGGCCUCUCCACUCAGAGCUGGGAUGUGGGUGAGGCAAGCAAGGCAGCUGGGGCACAGGCUUUAAGGAGGCACUCCCUCUCAGAGUCACACGCGUGAGAUUCUCCCUCAGCUGGUACCCUUGACCUUUUGGGGUUCAUUCUGCUGCUCUGUGUCAUUUUGAGGUGUCUGGGAGCUUGUGAGGCCCAUUAGCCAAGUCUACUCUGGGACAUUGCUGGCUGCCUGGGCUCUGCACUCAGAUCCCCCCAAACCUAUUUGGAUUUCUCACCCCUAAGUACACGCCCUCCCUUUCUCAGAGAUCCUCAAUAUCUACUCCUUUCUUUCUCCGAAGAGUCUGUCCCAGCCUUGCACAGGGGGAGGUCUUUCUAGGUGUAGAUUCCCCUUAUCUCAUACCCUGCCCUACCAAUUCCAGCUACCUCAGCCCCACCCCCAAUUCCCCAAUCUCCAUCCUUAUCCUGGUGGGACUCCUGCACUCCGCUUAGGAUCCCCCUCGCCCCUCACAGUGCAGUCAGGGUCCCCGGGCUGAAGGUGAUGGUAGAGCUCAUGGCAUUUGUUUCCCUUCUCUCAAGUCCUGUGUCCAUUGUCCAAUGUCAGUGUCCUGUUGUUCAGUAUCUGAGAACAACAUAUUUCUUAUAUUUUAUCCAUUUUCUAAUUGUUUACAAUAGGAGGGACUAGUCUGGUUAGUCUUCCAUGACAGAAGUCACUAAAUAUGUCUCUUUUUAAAAAGCCUAUAGCUAGCUUUGUUUUUAAAUUCAAUCUGAGAAUUUGUAUUUGAACAGUAAAGUUUUAUCCAUUUUCAUUUUUGUAAUAUUUAGAAGUAGUUUGAUCGUCUCAAUUCUUAUUUUCUGUUUGCUAUGAUUUUUCUUUGCUCUUUUUCUCUCCAUUGUUCUCCCUUAUAUUGGAUUGAUCAAAUUUUGUUUCCCUCUCUUCCGUACAAGUUUGGAAGUGAUACAUUCUAUCUCUAUCUAUUCUUUUAGAGGUUACCCUUAUCUUUUAAUGUAAAACCCAGCAAGUCUAAAGUCAGUGGGUUUCUUAAUUAUCACUUUGAGCAAUAGAAUAAGUUUAGAAUGUUUGGACUCUGAUUUUCUUAUUUGUGUCUUUCAUGUUACUGUUUUCUAAUAUUUCUCUUCCACAUUCUUUUUUUAAACCCUCUAAAAUUAACCCUCCAAGAUCAUCUUUUUAAAAUAUAGUCAAUAUUCACUUACUUUUGCCUGCAUGUUUAAAAAAUAUCUUCCCUCACUGUUGUUUCUUGCUUCUCAAUCUUCCUUCUGGGUUCAGUUUCCGUCUUACUGAAGUGCAUCCUUUAGUUCAGUGAGGCCAAGUGAAUGGUAAACCCUCUGGGUCUGUUUUUAAAUGUCUCCAUGAUGCUUUUCUCUUGAAUGAGAAUUUAAUUGGGCAUAGAGUUCUAGAUAGAUGGGACUUUCUUCUCUGAUUUGGAGGCUGUGAUGGUCCAUUGUCUUUGAUCAUCCAUGGUUGCUAAAAAGAAAUCUGCUGUCAGUUUGAUUGUCGUUCCUUUGUAGAUAUGUCCUUUCUCUCUGGAUGCUUUUUCAGAUAUUCUCUGUCUUUGAUAUUUUGAAGUUUCACUGGGAUGUGUCUAGGUAUUUUAUUUUAUUUUAUUUCUCCUAUUUAGGAAUUACUUGCUUUUUUAAUCCAAGGACUUCAAUUUACAUAUUGCCAAGGACUUCUCUCCAUAUGUUGCCUCUCCCCCAUUGUCUCUAUUCUUUUCAUCUAAAACUCCUAGUCAACAUAUAUGAGACCUUCUUAUUCUUUCCUCCACAACUCUUAAAACUUCUUAAUAUUUUGAGCUGAUUACUGGGUGGUUUCUUCAAAUCUGUCUUCUGGCUCACUAAAUCUCUUUAGUUGCACUUCAUUUUCCAUGAAAUCUAUUUUAAUAACUGUUUUUUUUUUAUUUCUAGCCAUUCUUUUUUGUGUAAAACCUCCUGUUCUCUUUCUUAUAGCAUUUGUUCUUUCAUUGAGAUUUCUUGCCUUUCCCUUUUUAAUAAUUUUAAGCUUACUUAGUCCCUUUAAAGUUGCCCUAUCAUCUUCAUUACUUAGGAUUCUAAGUAAUGACUGUUAACUCCUUCUCAUGAUGAAUUAUUUCCCUAUGUGGUUUGUAUUUUUGUGUUGUUUGUGAGCUUCAGUGUUUUUUCCUUGUGGGAGUUCUUAGGUUAUGAAAGUGCUCCAACAGAAUGGUUCUGCUUUUGUUUCUGUGGGGCUUUGGGGUUUCGGUGGUUUCUGAUCAGCACUUUAUGCUAAUUUAUUGGUUUCGGAUUUCCUGAACACAUGAGUGCUGACCUUGUGUUUCAACUUUCUCAUAGUUGGUGCUUUUUCCCCCUACUUAAGGCCUGGGUAGACUACAGACUUCCUCACCACUUCCCUGGCUUAUGGAUGGAUAUUGUCUCAGUCCUCUUAGUACAAACAGGCACUCUGUAGGAGCCCAGGUUUAUGUCUUCUGCCCUCACCUUGACAUUAAAGCCCUGCCUUAUGCUAUCAGAAGUUUAAUUACUUUUUCUAUUACAAAUGUAUACUUACUUAUUGUAAAAACCCUCUUAUUCCAACCCCCAAUUCCCCAUUCCUCAUAGAAAAGAACUGUUAGAACUUCCAAAAACGUUUUCUUUGCACAUCCAAAAAUACAUACACAUAUAUAUUUUUGUAUAUAUGUAUAUACACAUAUAUGCACACAUGUAUUAUUAAAAGAUGGACUCACACUAAACAUCUUGACAUUUCUGUGGGAGUAUAUCUGUAUCAUAAAUUUCUAAAAGUAAAAUUACUGAAUCAAAGAAUAUGCACAUUUAAAAUGUCCACAACUAAUGGCAAAUUGCCACUUUAAAAAGACUCAAUUUACAUUCCCACCAAUAACGUGAACUAUCAACCAUUUCCCCAUACCCUCACCUAUACUAAGUUUUAUCAAUCUUUAACAUUUUUGCAAAACUAAUAAAGGAACACUAAUAUUCAUUGCUAUUUUUGGUCUGCUUUGCUAUAACCAAAAGUGGGGAUAAGCAUAUUUUUCACAUGUUUAUAGCCUUUUACAUGUUCUUUUCUAACUACCUAUUCAUACUAUUGCACAUUUUUUAGAGAGCUGUUUGUAUUUUUUCUUUACGUCUGUAAAGAGCUCUUUACAAAUUAUGUACAUAGUAUUAUGUAUGUAAUGUAUAAUAUGUGUGUUUGUCUUCAUAAAUAUCUUGUAUCAUUUGCAUUAAAUUAAUUCCUGGGCAAGGGGACCUCCUUAUCCGAGUAUUCUUUAUCAGCAUCCCAACAGUUACAGUCCCCAUGAAAGCAAAGUUUUUAACAUUAGAACAUUCACUAAUGACUUGACUGCUUAAUAGUCUUCACUUCACGUUGCCAUUGGGCCAAUUUGGUCAAACUCUUGAAAUAAAGUGAAAAUCAAUUGCAAAGUAAAAAGGCAAAUCUAUCAAAAUAUUUGGAAUUUCAUGAGGUUGAUGCACAGGGUGUUGGAGAGCUGUUAGACUCACACUCAUAGCCGUUGACACACAAGGAUCUAGCUGAAUUAGCCCAGUUAAUGAUGGAAGAAGAAAAAAAUCAGUGAGAAUAAAGACUGGUCAAAGAGCAUAAUUGGAAUCCCAGUGGAUCUGUUGGUCUUGAGGAGAAACUGAAAUCCAUGGAGGCAGGGGGAGGAACAGCGUCAGACCAGGCCAGAGGUGAAGGGGUGAGAGGGAGCUGGUUUGGUGUGUGUUUAGAGGGAAAGCUGUAGGGCCUGCUGAUGAAUUGGAAGCUGAAAGCAGCAAGGAAGAAAGAGGAGGCAAGAGUGGCUCUCAGGGUUUUUGGCCAAGCAACUGCAUGAGUGAUGGUAACAUUUAUCAAGAUGGGGAAGGCACAUUUUCGGGGAGAAGGAGAGAAAUCAAGUUUGUUUCUUCCUAAAUUUUGUUGGAAUUCAUAAAGUGCUUUAGCAUUUUAUAUGAUGUUAGUUUCUUUUCUUAUAUCCCUAUCACAAAUGGAAUGCAAACGUUGCUGAAAUAUGUAACCGGAAAAUGAAAGCCCCUCCCCCACAGACAGCUAGUCCAUAACUGCUGCCUAUUCCUCUGUUUUCAGUUCAUCGGCUGAAUGACAUUAGCAUUAGUAUUUAUUUGUUUUUACAUUUUUAAUUUGUUAUAAAUUUUUAAAUUAGAUCAUAUAUUAUGCAUAAUCUCCUGCUACUUAUUUCACUUACCAAUAUAUCACAGACAUUCUCUUCAGGUCAAUACAUAUUCUUUUUAUGGUUGGUAUUUUAUUGUGUUAAUCCACUAUGAUUUAUUUGCCAUUUAUUAACAAAAAUGGUAUUCUAUGUAUUCUUGUGGCACUUGCUGGUUUUCACCAGUCCCAUGACUUAGAGAUCCAUCCAUAUUUGUACACAUAGCUCUACCUCGUUCUUUUUCACUGUAGAGCAGUGCUGUCCAGUAGAACUGUGAUGAUGGAGAUGUUCUGUAUCUGCACUUCCAGUGCAGCAGCCAUUAGCCACAUGUGGCUUUCAAGCACUGGAAAUGUGGCUGGUAUGACUGAGGAACUGAAUUUUUUAUUUAAUUUAAUUUUUGUUCAUUUUAAUUUAAAUAGCUAUGUGUGGACAUGAGGCUGGCGGCCACUGUGUUGAACAGCACAACUGUAUCACAUUCUAUCAUAUUCCAUGGUAUGAAUAUGUUACCACUUAUUUUGUCUUUCCCUUGCUGAUGGAAAUGUACAUUGUUUUAGCUUUUUGCUUUUGCAAAUAAAGUUUCAAGGAACACGCUUGAACAAGUUGUAUUGUAGCUGUAUACAGUUUUGUGUGAGUUGUGUACUGUUCAAAAUUGGCACCCUUCUGUUCCUUCUUGACUCUUCCCCGAGGUGGAGAGACCACUUCCUCCAACACUGUAAAUUUCCAGGUUGCCACUCUGAUUUGCAUGUGUGUAUAUAACCCUCUGCUUGGGUUACAUCUCAGGGAGUCCUGGCCUUUACCUGAGCCCUUGGUAUCACAAAGGUCUGGAAUGCCAUACCUAGCAACAGGAAGGACCUUAGCCCAGCCCCAGAGAGAUUAAACACAUCCUUCAAGUGAAAGAACCAAAUCACAAGAUCUUCAAGGCCCACAAGUUCAUGACAGGCAUAUAGAAAAUAAUAAUAAUAACCAGAAAGCAAUCACUAACUCCAAGAAAAGCAAACAAUGAAGAAUGAAAAUGUAAUCAUUGCAUUUCUAAUGUAACCUCCUGUGGUAGACAGGAUUGUCCCCCAUUCCCUUCGCUCACUGCUAUUGUGCCUGCGAAUACUUUAUGUUAUAUGGCAAAUGGGACUUUGUAGAUGUAAUUAUCGUUAUGGACCCUAAAAUAGGAAGAUUAUCCUGGAUUACCAGGUGGGCCCAGUCUAAUCACUUGAGCCCUUAAAAGCAGAGAAAUUUCACCAGCUGGGGUCAGUCAGAGAGAGGCCGCAGAGGAAGGCUGAGAGAUUCAAAGCAUCAUAAGUGUCUCUGGCUUACUGAAGAUGGAGGGGGCCAAGUGGCCUCUAAAAGAUAAAAAGUACCCAGCCAACAGCCAGCAAGAAACAGGGACCUCAGUCCUUCAAUUGAAAUUGAAUUCUCCCAACAACCUGAAUGAGCCUGGAAUCGGAGUCUCCCCCAGAGCCUGCAGGUAAGAGCCCAGGUCAGCCAUCGCCUUGAUUGUGACUUGCGGAACCUGGAGCACAGAAUCCAGCGGGGCCUGUGGAACUUCUAAUUCACAGAACUGUGAGAUAAUAAAUGUGUGUUAUUUUAAGCUGCUAAGUUUGUAGUAAUUUGUUACAACAGCAGUGGAAAACUAAUAUACCACCUAAUAUUAAUCCAGCCAAAAAAUGGUAAUAGAACUAUGUUGGGAGGUAGAGAGAUGAUUCUGUUGGUAAGGGGAGAAUACUAAAAUAAAACUAAAUUCUCGUAUUUUAUAACAUGAAGUCCAAAAUUAUAUUUACACCUUAAAAAAAUAGCAGCAUAAUCAUUUGUAGAAAUAUGGCAGUAAAUAAAUAGUCAAAGAAACAGCUCAAAGUGUUAUAAGUGUUACUUUUCAAGAGUAGGAAUUGGGAAUGAGGAGGGGCUGCUGAUUUUUUCAUUUUAAACCUUGGAGAGAACUAUAUGACUCUUUAAUGCAUGUUCCUAUGUUACUGCAAUAAAAAUAAACGAGUCCCACCACCACUAGUGUAAGAUGUGCCACCUCUCUGAGAGCCUGAGCGGGUGGGGCGGGGACUGCCCCGGCCUGCCAAAGAGUAUGGCAACCCCUCCUCUCUAAUCACCAGGGUGGAGGAGAGCAACAGCAAGCUCCUGGAGUCAGAGAGGAAGCUGCAGGAGGAGCGGCAACGCACCGUGGUGCUGGAGCAGCAUCUGGAGAAGAUGCGCCUGGAGCCUGAGAGGACGUCAGCCUCUCAGAAAGCAGCCCC